UGCUAGGACAGUAAAGAUGGAUGAAUAGUCCGUAAUUAUUCUGCCUUCUUACUCUCAGUGCGUCAUUACAAAGUGUCGACAUGUUUAACACUUUUUGUAUGCAGUGUGUAAUUUUAUCAGCAAGUUGGUCAUGCGUCUGUUGCAAGCGUGCAUGUGUCUCUGUGACCACACCCCAGCUACACUAAAAGAAACUGGGCACUUCAGCAUAUUCCAUUGACCACAGCAGUACUGCAAGCAUUUGCACAUCCACAGUUCCAGAAUGACUGAUAGAACAACAGACAAGGACUGUAGAGCAGUGGCCUCGUAUGCCAGAGCCUCCCCCGUGUCCACACCAUCACCCCUCCCCACCCAUCAUUCCCUCACCCCUCUCCCCAAAAGACUCCCAUGUAGUUCAAUGUAAAUAUGUCACGUGGCUUGUGGCCCACCAGCUCAAGUGCAUUUGUUCUGUGCUGAUUGUUUUAAAGGAUUUUGCCUCCAUCAACAGAAAGUUGGGGUGAUAACCUUUUGGAAUUCAGCCUACAGCUUCCUCUUUGACGAUUUGCUCACUCCUGGUUUGCACUCUCUCUCACUCUCUCCCUGAGGAAGGGCUGAUUCUUAAGAGGGUUCAUAUAUCCUGAGGAAUUCAGUGCACAAAGCCUUUGCCGGCACCUUAGUGUCACUCAUGAUGUACAGCUUCAUGGGAGGGGGCCUGUUUUGUGCCAUUGUGGGAAACAUCUUGCUGGUGGUCUCGACAGCAACAGACUACUGGAUGCAGUACCGCCUGUCGGGCAGCUUUGCCCAUCAGGGCCUGUGGAGGUACUGCAUGUCUGGCAAAUGUUACAUGCAGACUGACAGCAUUGCUUACUGGAAUGCCACUCGAGCUUUCAUGAUCCUUUCUGCCAUGACCUGCUUUGCUGGCAUCAUCGCGGGAAUCCUCUCCUUUGCUCACUUCUCCGCUUUUGAGAGGUUCAAUCGCUCAUUUGCUGCAGGCAUCAUGUUCUUUGUUUCAACUCUCUUUGUCCUGCUUGCAAUGGCCAUUUACACGGGAGUGACGGUGAACUUCCUGGGCAAGCGUUUUGGUGACUGGCGUUUCUCUUGGUCCUACAUACUUGGCUGGGUGGCUCUACUCAUGACCUUCUUUGCAGGUAUAUUCUACAUGUGUGCCUACAGAAUGCACGAGUGCAGAAGAGUGGCAGGCCCGCGUUGAAGCAAGCAGGAAAUGACACUUCAAAGCAAAAAGCAACAAAGGAAACCCCCAUUGAUGUCAUUAGAAAACUUUUUGAGGACAAAUAAAAUCAGGAUGUUUGCAGAUAUCAGAAAUAUGUUGUUUUGUCAGAAACAACACUUUAACGUGUUGUUGACAUAAACCUGAGAAUGAUAAAUGCAAGCACCUAAUCUGUUCUGUA